GUCAGUGUGCUGCUGUCAAUAUAAGAGCUGGAUAUUGAUUGUGUUAGUCCGUUCCUCGUUAAACAAAAAUAUUGGUGGUGCUCUUAGUCAAACAGGAGCAAAAGUGAAGCCAUCUCAAAGUCAUGGAUACCACAGAAAAUUCAUUGGAGGCCACAUCAUCAUGUCUUAAUGACUGCUCCCUAGCGGCACUCGCAGGAAAUGAAUCACUACUGAAGAGGUACUAUGUGCUCAAUGAGACUGAGCGGACGGCCAUCGGCUUCAUCCUCUUAGUGACCGGUCCCGUCACUCUCCUGGACAACGUCCUGGUGCUAGGCAUAAUCUGCUCCAGUGCCACACUACGCCGGCGGCCCUCCUACCUGUUCAUCGCCAGCCUGGCGCUGGCCGACGCCUUCGCCAGUUGCUUCUUCACCACCAGCUUCCUCGACUUCCACCUCUUCCAGCGGCCAGAGACUCAAGCCGCCUACCUUUUCAAGCUCGGGGGCGUGACCAUGUCCUUCACAGCCUCCGUGGGCAGCCUACUCCUCACGGCACUGGACCGUUACCUCUGCAUCUACCAGGCGCCCAUUUACAAGGUGCUGAUGACGCGGCAGCGAGCGCUGCUGGGGCUGCUGGCUUUGUGGACCAUCACCCUCCUUAUCUCCUUCUUACCACUGAUGGGCUGGAGCUGCAAUGGUGAGCUUAGGUGUCCAUGCUCCGACCUCUUCCCCUACGUGGACGACCGCUACUUGGCCUGCUGGGUCAGCUUCAUCCUGGUGGUUCUCCUGCUCAUCAUCGUGUCCUACACUUUGAUCCUGUGGAAAGCCCACCAACAUGAGGCGUCGGUCACUGGCCUGCAAGGGCAGGUGCGCAUGCGGAUGGACAUCCACCUGGCGCGGACGCUGGGCCUCAUCCUGGUGAUCAUGGUGGGCUGCUGGCUGCCGGCUCUCUCCUUCAUGCUCGCUGAUGUGUCUGCAGAUCUGUGCCCUGACCAGCAGAGGGCGUUCGCCUUCUGCAGCACCCUCUGUCUGGUGAACUCGUCUGUCAACCCCUUGUUGUACGCGCUGCGCUGCAGGGAGUUGAGAGUGGAGCUGUGUCGGAUGUUUAGACGGCUCUGUGUAUCAUGGAGGUGCAGAUGUGGCGCAGAGGACCAGGGCAGAGAAGACAGGAGCAACUGUAGCUCAAGUGUGGACAACGAGGAAAGAAAGAGCAGGUAUGCUGUGUCUGUGUGUAAAGAGAUAGACCAGAGACAGCACAGCACAGCUGAACAAUAAGGUUCAUGUUAAUGUGAGGGACACUUAUUUUCUAAUGGCGUUUGAUGUGUGGUGUGUUUUGUUUUGUUUUGUUUUGUUUUGUUUGUUUUAAUUAUAGUCAUCUGUUUUCAGUAAGACAAAAGGCACAUUAUAGUAGAUACAGUAAAUACUGAAGUGAAGUAGUCAUUAAGGAGUUUAACAUUUUUGAUUCCUGAUCAAGAACUUGUACACAUAGAGCACCUCUGUGAGGCUCCCUAAAAAGUUUUUCUUUUGCCUUAAAAUAAUGUUUCCAAAAUCAUUUUGUUGGCACAUAAACCUCUUAAUUGGGCGAACGGCACUUCUGUCACACUCUGCAGGUAUUAUUGCUUGUAAAAUACAUAGCUAUAGGAAUAUGCUAUAAAAAAAAAAAAUGAAAUGAGCUGCUACAGACUGCAGAGUUCAAAUAGAUAGCUACUUAGAAGAAUUUGGAGCUCUGUUUCUACAGACUGAUGUCGGUGCAUUCCUUCUAUAUUGUAUCGGACUUAUGUUUACAGUUUGUUGUAUUUUGACGCACAUUUAGUUAAGUUAUUAUUGCGCUUCUUAAUUGUAGAGAGACCUCGACAGCAAAUCUUCUUUAGUGCAGCUUUAAGUUGUAAGAUUGUAGCAGUAUGGCCUCUCAAGAUAGAUAGAUAGAUUGUAUAUUAUCAUAUUAAAGAAAGCUGUUACCAAUUUUUGUAUAUAACAUUGUAUUUAUCAUGUGGUUUAUUAAUACAGGAAUUGGAAGACACAAUAACACACCAAGCCUCUCUCAACAAUGUGCAGCAUCAGACCUAGAGUGUGAUUUUCAUUUCAUUUUCAUAACCAUCAUUAUCAUGCAGUCUUGAGUAUUACAUCCAAAAUGUCUGUCUCCAUCAGUGUAAUUAAAUAAUUCCAUACUGACUAUUGUAGAUAAAUAACAAAAAAAUGUGUGUGUAUUUUUAGAUUUUAGCCUGUGUUUAAAAUGUGCAGAUGUCAUGAAAUGCCAAUGUCCUUUCAGAUCAGUCCUUCCUGCAACAGUUUUCAUUGAAGCCUGAGGUUAGGGCUUCAUUUGAUUUACAAGGAGAACCAUACACCAGUCUGACCUAUGGCACUGUUUUAAAUCUGACCUUUCCCUUUCUGGAUUGUGUGUCACAUUGUGUGUGUAGAGCUCUUUGUGUGUGUAGAAACAUGUAUUUUUCAAGUUUGUCUACUCUGCAAAGCUUUUCUGUAUAGGCUGUUUUAUGGAACUACAUGAAAUGUAUUCAUUCAUUUAACCUUUAUUUAUUCUCAAAACAUAUGAUCGAAUACUGUCCAACGAGAAGCCCCUGGCAUGGCAGUACUGGAUUCUA